AUGGCUUCCAUCCUGGACCUCCCCAUCAGCAUCCUCGAGCAGAUUGCGGAGGCUUGCACUUGGGGUUGCGAUCCCACCUCCGACUCCCUGCCGGCAUCAUAUGCACGGAACCACGCGGCGCUUGCACGCACAUGCCGUGACUUGUACGCAGUCCUCAACGAGGGACUCUACAAACGAAACCUCAAGCGUGAUCCACGCCGGGCGUCCUGCGUCCUGUGGGCGGCCCAGAAUGGGCGCUUGGAUACAAUGAAACGCGCUGUCGAGUACGGUGCUGAUCUAAACUCUAAUGGUGUUUCCGACCAGGAAGAGGACGGCUUUGACUGGAGUUCGAACUAUGGGUAUUUCACAGCCCUCUUCGCCGCUGUUCAUCUCGGCAACCGAGACAUUUUUGACUACCUGAUGGCCCAGGGAGUCGAUUUCAAUGUCCCGUGCCAGGGCUGCCCUUGCGGUUCUCCGGCCGGGGGAUGUUACGCGAUACAUCUAGGCUUUCAAGAGAACCGUCCCCAUGUCAAGAAAAAAGCCCACCCUUACGCAGAGGCUCUCAUCAAGAAGGGAGCGCGCCACUUCUCUAAAGCCAUUAGACUGCAGCCGGUCGACCUUGUCAAAAAUGGUUAUGAUCAGGCUGUGGUACUUGAGGUACUCGAGGAAGUUGUUGAGUUGGAGAGAAUCAAAGCCUUCUAUUGUGCCGUCGGGGCGGGGCGCUAUGAUCUCGCGAGAGCCAUUCUACUAAAGUAUCCCAAUUUCGAUCUGUCGAAGCCUGUGUCAGACUCUCCCCCCUUGUCGAUAACUGGCAUGACUAUAAUUCACCAUCUUGUCAUGUCGAUUGAGGAUGAUUUUGGCUUUCUAGAGCUGCUUCUUGACCGGCCUGAAUUGAAUGCCAACAUGGAGCUGGAGGAUGGCAACAACCUUCUGCUACUUGCGAUGCUUAGCGGCGCAGUUGAAACUGUCAGGAUCCUCACUUCGCGCCCAGAGUUUGAGUACAAGGCUAACAAAGCCGGUACAACGCCAUUACACCGUGCUGUUAUCCGUGGUAAAGAAAUGACUGAUCUUAUUUUGAACUUGCAUGGAGUCGAUGUCGGUGCAGUGACAAACCGGGGAGAGACAGUUCUCCAUUGUGCCCUCGAGCACCAGAGAGAGAUAAAAGAUCUCAAGAUAGAAGAAGAACUCCCAGAAGUAGUGCAGAUGCUUUUGGACCAUCCCGACAUCGACCCGCUAGCAGUAACCAAUGAAGGAGAAACUGCCUUACAGUACGCCUGUGGUCAUAAGAGAUCCGAUCUAGCUUUGAUGCUCCUGAAAGAUCAGAGAAUCAAGGAAGCCCCUACUCAAGUAGGUCUUGGGCAUCUCAACUUGCUGUUCACUGUUGCGAUAGAGGAGGGCUCGCCCGAGGUGUUGCAGGAACUUCUGAACUCGCGUCCUGAAAUCGACAUUGAUGCCCAAGACGAGAAGGGCAACACGGCGCUUCACGCUGCCUGCAGUAGAAAUGGGAUUAUACCCAGCAAGAAAAUCGGGGACAAGUUCUUUCCAUACCGCAUCAAGGAGAAUCAUAUGGAAGACCUAGUCCAGGUUCUAGUUAAAGGCGGUGCCUCCAUGGAUCUAGUGGACGACCUGGGCCAGACUCCUGUUCGGCGCGCUCUAAACCACGGUCAAUUCCGCAUUGCAGCAUGGAUGAUAUCGGAGGGUGCCAAACCGCCAGUCGCUGGAAGUAUGUUGGACGCGGCCUUCUUGAGGUACCGUGAGCGUGCAUCCUUUGCUAUGUACAUUGAGGUUGUCAAGGAACUGGCCGCCCAUAGGAUCGCAGUCAAGGUCAUAGAUGAUCUCCCGCCAACUGAGCUUGCCUGGUUGGUGCAAGACAUGAAGACUCUGGAUUCCUAUUUUAACGGUAUCCCGGACCUCGGUCUGCCUGAAGCGCCCGGAUCUCAAGGCGUCCUCCCAGUCGGAUAUUAUCUGGACGGUUUUGAAGAGCUCGAAACUCGGUUGAAGCCCGAAUGGGUCAUAUAUAUGAUCCAAUAUGGAGCUAGACUGGAAAUUCCGGUAACGUACCCGAACGGAGACUCGGAGUCGCUACUGGCUGCCUACUUCCGGGCUAUUGGGGUAGGAAAUGUGGAAAUGGAAAUGGACCCAGACAAGCUGAGGCUUUUCAUCGAGCCUCUCGUUAAAAUGGGCUACGCGUGUGGUCCGGUAGGCAAUCUACCGUCAGCUUUGGAGAUUGCGUGCCGAACGGAUGUAGGGGGUGAGAAAAAGUUGUUACAAAUAAUGAUCACUGCAAUGAGGGAAAACAAUGUAAAUAGACAGCAUGUCAGGUUCCUCAUCUCCGAGUAUGAGGGGGAUGACGAGGUAACCUUCUAUCUGAGGCGGUUUGAGCAGCUCGAGUUUGGGGAUGAAGCUGGUGAGAGUGACUCUGCGGAAGAGGCCGACGAGAAUGACUUUAGUGAAGAAGAGGAUGAGUGGGAAGACUCUGUUGAUGAAGGUGAUUAA